AUGGACGAUGACGUGAAAGUCGCGGCGAACUCGAUGAACGAUCGAGGCGCUAACCUCGACUUUGAAGUUUCGGUCGCUGCAAGUGAUGAUCUAGAGAACGGUUUGUUGUCUCCGAAGAUCAAGGACUUGCUGAUGGGAUCUAAAGACGUGGAAGACAGUAAUCCUGCCCGGCCCCCUGGUCUGUGUGGCUGUUUCACUUUGUCCUUCUACCAGCCAUAUUUUGAUGUCGACACGUCGGACGUUCAGCAGCGUAUUGUGCGAGCACUUCUACCAUUCAAGAAAGAACCGGCGUUCGCUGAAUUAGCGCUUCAGUCGCCUGAUGCGUAUGGACCAUUCUGGCUUUCCUCGACACUCAUCUUCUGUCUAGCGUCGUGCAGCAAUGCAGCCUCCUUCAUGGACUAUGAAGGCAAUGCAGACGAGUGGUCAUACGACUUUAGCCGCCUCGCUUCAGCCUACACGCUGGUGGAAAUUUUUCUGCUAGGCCUGCCAAUUUCCAUCUGGCUAGUCGGCAAAUAUUUUCAGGUCCCUAUGACAUUGCUUUUUCUCGUGUGCCUCUAUGGUUACUCUUCAAUCAUGUUCAUUCCCGCUGCGAUAUUGUGUAUUGCGCCUGUUGAUGCAGUGGACUGGGUUGUGAUGCUAUUUGCGAUGACAUGGUCGCUCUUCUUUUUGCUGACCAAUCUAUGGCACGUCAUCUCUGAGCAUCUGACGAAGGAAAAGAUGUUGCCAGUGUUGGCAGUUAUCAGUGGGGCACACAUGUCAUGGGCUGUUCUAAUGAAACUUUUGUUCUUUUGA